AUGACGGGCGUGAACCACCGCGCCCUGCAGUUGCCGUAUCUUUUACAGCUAAAGGGUUAUGCAGCAUCUGAAACGCAGACACGUAGGUUGAGACAAGUCACGAAGCAGAGACGGCGAGGCGAGGCGACGCGAGGCGACGAGGGCCGGCCCGACUCGUCUCCGCGUCCAUUUAUACACAAAGGGAAACCGGCCCUGCCCCCACCGGAAGCGGUGCCGCGGACCCCUCAAGGGCGAGCCGUCUGGAGUCGUUACACCGUGUUGGACUUUGCGGGGCAAGGAGAGAAAGAGCGACGCCGGCCCGCCCGGGAAGGGCGGAGGAAGGAGGGGCCGGACCGUCAGGCGUUGCGUCGCGGCCGAAGGGUUCCGUUUCCGGCGGCGGCGGCGGCGGAGGGAUUUGACAGCACGUUAACUUCCGGAAAAGUCCCGCACCUCAGAGGAAAAGCCCUGGAAGAAACAAUAACAAACGAGAGGAGAAGCGCCUCCGGGCUUCCCGUGUGGGACCGCUCUGGUCCGGAAAGAUGUGCUUCGGCCCCCGUCAGGGGACGUGAAAGGGCUCGGUGGGUUUCAGCCAGCCUUUCUCCACCCGUUCCCCCCCGGGGCCCCGCGGCCGCGGCCAUGGCGGGCGGGGGGCCGGGGGGCUACGCGGCGGAGUUCGUGCCCCCGCCGGAGUGCCCGGUGUUUGAGCCCAGCUGGGAGGAGUUCACAGACCCGCUCAGCUUCAUCGGCCGCAUCCGGCCUCUGGCGGAGAAAACCGGCAUCUGCAAGAUUCGGCCGCCCAAGGAUUGGCAGCCUCCAUUUGCAUGUGAAGUAAAAAGCUUUCGUUUCACUCCAAGAGUCCAGCGUCUGAAUGAACUUGAGGCAAUGACCAGAGUGAGACUGGAUUUUUUGGAUCAACUAGCAAAAUUUUGGGAACUUCAAGGAUCUACUUUGAAGAUCCCUGUGGUAGAAAGAAAGAUUCUGGAUCUGUAUGCUUUGAGCAAGAUUGUUGCCAGCAAAGGAGGUUUUGAAAUGGUCACCAAAGAGAAGAAAUGGUCUAAAGUAGGUAGCCGCUUGGGAUAUCUGCCAGGAAAAGGAACUGGGUCUCUUUUGAAGUCACACUAUGAAAGAAUUCUCUACCCGUAUGAGCUUUUCCAGUCUGGUGUCAGCCUUAUGGGUGUACAGAUGCCUAAUUUAGAUCUUAAGGAAAAAGUGGAGCCUGAGGUUCACAGCACUGAUAUCCAAACUUCCCCAGAGCCAGGCACAAGAAUGAACAUUCUGCCGAAGAGAACAAGACGUAUGAAGUCUCAGGCAGCCACACGCCCUGCCUGGGACUUAAAGCGCUGUGGCAGCUUCUACAUGCCUGCCCGUCCAAAUUGUGACUCACGCACCCUUUGCCGGCGCCCAGGCUCACCCCCCGUGACCAUCUUGCUGAAGGCUGCAGGCCUCCGGGAACUCAGGCUCACCCUGGAAGAGGAGGGGGAAAAGAAGGAGGAAGAAAAGUGA